AUGAGUCGGAUCUCUUUCAGAUCAUCUACUGGAGGGGGCAUGAGGGGCUUUAGCUCAGGCUCUGCUAUCGUAGGAGGUGGCGGUGGUACCAGAAGCAGUUUUAGCUCCGUCUCUGUCUCCAGAGUUGGAGGAGGAAGAGCUGGAGGUGGAGGCGGCUUUGGAGCUGGUGGUGGCUUCGGCAGCAGAAGUCUCUAUAACCUAGGAGGAAGCAAAAGAAUUUCCUACAGCUCGGUCGGUGGAGGUCUACGGAGCGGAGCUGGUGGCGGAUACGGUUUUGGUGGAGGAGCUGGCUUUGGUCUUGGCUAUGGUAGUGGAGCUGGCGCUGGUUUUGGCUUAGGAGGAGCUGGUGGUGGUGGCGGCUAUGGGCUGGGCAGUGGAUUUGGGCUGGGAGGUCCCGGAUUUGGUGGUCGAGGUGGCCCCGGGUUCCCUGUUUGCCCACCCGGUGGCAUCCACGAAGUGACUGUCAACCAGAGCCUCCUGGCACCCCUCAAGCUGGAUAUCGACCCAGAAAUCCAGAAGGUGCGAACACAGGAGCGGGAGCAGAUCAAGACCCUGAACAACAAAUUUGCCUCCUUCAUCGACAAGGUGCGCUUUUUGGAGCAGCAGAACAAAGUGCUGGAGACCAAGUGGAGCCUCCUGCAAGAGCAAGGUCACACCGUCACCAGGAAGUCCCUUGAGCCCCUUUUCGAAGCCUACAUCAACAACCUCCGGCGGCAGCUGGACAGUCUUAUGGGAGAGAGGGGCCGGUUGGACUCUGAACUGAGGAACAUGCAGGACAUGGUGGAAGACUUUAAGAACAAAUAUGAAGAUGAGAUCAACCGGCGCACUGGUGCAGAGAACGAGUUCGUGGUCCUCAAGAAGGAUGUGGAUGGUGCUUACAUGAACAAGGUCGAGCUGCAGGCCAAAGCAGAUGCGCUGGCAGAUGAAAUUAACUUCCUGAGAGCUCUCUACGAGGCGGAAUUGUCCCAGAUGCAGCAGCAGGUAUCCGACACCUCCGUAGUCCUGUCCAUGGACAAUAACCGUAACUUGGACCUCAACAGCAUCAUCGCCGAGGUCAAAGCGCAGUACGAGGACAUUGCCAACCGGAGCCGGGCAGAGGCUGAGGCUUGGUACCAGAACAAGUACGAGGAGCUCCAGGUCUCUGCUGGGCGACAUGGUGACGACCUGCGUAACACCAAGAUAGAAAUUUCAGAGAUCAACCGGAUGGUCCAGAGGCUGCGGAACGAGAUUGAGAGCGUGAAGAAACAGUGUGCCAACCUCCAAGCUGCCAUCGCCGAGGCGGAGGAGCGCGGGGAGCUGGCCCUCAAGGAUGCCAAGGCCAAACUGGCCGAGCUGGAGGAUGCUCUGCAGAAAGCCAAGGCUGACCUGGCCCGGCAGCUGCGUGAGUACCAGGAGCUGAUGAACGUCAAGCUGGCCCUGGACAUCGAGAUCGCGACCUACAGGAAGCUGCUGGAGGGCGAGGAGAGCAGGCUUGCUGGAGAGGGAGUCGGAGCCGUGAGCGUCUCUGUGGUCAGCAGCUCCAGUGGGAUGGGCUACGGCGGUGGCAGCUCCCUGGGCAUGGGUGGAGGUCUCGGCAUGGGAGGCGGCGGAUACAGCAUGAGCAGCAGCGGUGGCGGCUUCGGAGGCGGGAGUGGAGGGUUCGGCGGGGGGCUCAGCUACGGUGGAGGCAGCACCUUCAGCUCCGGGAGCAGCCGAGGUGUCAGCUCCAGCACGGGAGGCAGCGUGAGGAUCAUUUCCAAGACCACCACUAGCAAAAAGACCACCAGAUAAGGAUGGCGAGCAUGGGGCCCCCCUGUGGGGACAACGGCGUGUUUUCUGCCUUCUGAAAGCAAGUGCUGCCCUAAGAAUCAAUGGUGUAAAUAGCUGCGCUAGACCCUCUCCUUCCUCCGUCCUUCACCCUCCACCUUUGGGGC